AUGAACACAACAACAAAUGUAUUAAGCUCCUGGAACUGCUCCAGUCUAAUAAAUUCGGCUGCAGCGAAAACUGGAAAAACCAUUGCCUUAAGUUUGAUCCUCAUUGUUUCGCUGGUUGGAAACUCUCUCAUCGGAAUCAUUGUUUACAAAACACCAAACUUAAGAAAGCCGAUAAAUUAUUUGAUCGCAAACAUGACCCUGUCUGACCUGUUGUUUCCAAUAUUCUUGCUCCCUAUGCGGCUAUUACACUUACACGUUGACUCGUGGCUUAUUAGUGGUCUUCUUGGUCAGAUCUUGUGCAAGCUACUGGCUUUUCUUGUUGAGGCAUCCUCCUUGGUGUCGGUUCAGAGUUUGGUUCUGAUAGCAGUUGAUCGAUUUGGAGCUGUCGUAGUUCCACUACGUUCCCCACUCUUCAGUCGCAAGCUGUGUCCUUUCUUUAUUCUGACAACGUGGAUUGUGGCGAUGGCCGUUACCUCGCCACAGCUGUUUGCUUACAAACUCGUUGAAAAUCCAGAAGAAAUGAAGUGCGAGAGUCUGUGGGCGGAAACCUUCGGAGAAAAAAGCUUGGUCACUUACAUGCUGGCAGGUGUUAGCGUGUUCUUUUACAUCCCAAUGAUCUUGUUGGUUGCAAUUUAUUCCAUCAUCCUGAUCAAACUUAAGAAACAGGCACAUCCAGGGGAACAGUCGGCCAAUGCUGAAGAACAGCGAAAAAAAAGAAAUCGAAACGUGCUGAAAAUGGCCAUCGCUAUCGUGUUAGCGUUUUUUCUUUGCUGGAUACCCUCUUACACCAUGUUGCUGAUAAAGCUGUUUUCGGCACCGAAAAGUUUUAUUCGAUCCUCUUGUAGUUUUGAAGUGUGUUAUACUGUUAGCUACUAUCUGGCUUUCGCAAACUGUGCCAUAAAUCCGACUAUUUUGUUUAUUUCAAGCAGUAAUUAUCGCCAAGGUCUUAAGAGACUUGUGAAUUAA